UGAUAGAUAGAUUCUGACUUUAAUCUCAGAAUUCUGACUUUAAUCUAGGAAUUCUGACUUUAAAGUGAGAAUUCUGACUUUAAUCUCAGAAUUCUGACUUUAUUCUCAGAAUUCUGACUUUGUGACGUUCGUGGAGCUAUGAAUUGUGGGGGGACCGUCAGCGUGUGGCGUGACUUGAAAGAAAGGACAUCAUGUCGUCACCCAGCGACUUUUUGCGUGGCCGAGGAGUGUCGGAGGACAUCCUUUCACUUUUGGAGGAGCAGAGGAUAAAGUGACUGAUGGAGGGUGCAACUCAAACAGUGGCUGGAAAUCCAGAUUUGGAUGACAUGAUCAAGAUAUGUUUUAGACUUGGAUUCAGCAAUAAGGAAAUACUUGCAAUUUUAGCACAUAAUGCUGAAACUAUUUUAAGUAUUCGGACUCUGAAAAGGAUAUGCAAAAGACUUGGUCUUUUUCGAAGAAAGAACCAGUCAGACCUGGGAGACAUGUUGGCUUUUGUCCAGCACGAGAUCAUGACUAGUGGACAGAUGCAAGGUUAUCGGUGGCUUCAUCUGCGUGCCAUUCAAAAAGGAUUUGUUGUGUCACAAGAUACAAUAAGACAAAUUAUACAAUUUGUUGACCCUGUAGGUGUGGGAAUAAGAAGAGCACGACGCCUAAGAAGGCGCCAAUACAACUGUCAGGGGCCAAAUGCUCUUUGGCACCUGGAUGGCUAUGACAAAUUAAAGCCCUACGGCAUUGGCAUCAAUGGCUGUAUUGAUGGCUUUAGCCGGUAUGUGUUAUGGGCGGAAGCCUAUACCACAAACAGUGACCCUAAGGUGGUUGCAAGUUAUUUUAUAAAAACAGUUUCACGCAUUGGUGGGUGUCCAGAGAGGAUCCGUGCAGACAGGGGCACAGAAAAUAUUUGUGUCGAACAGAUGCAGAUGUUUUUGCGUAGAAACCACUCAGACAAUUUUGCUGCGGAGAAAAGUUUCCUUUACGGAAGAAGUACAGCCAAUCAGCGUAUUGAAGGGUGGUGGUCCGCCCUUCGCAAACAGAGUGCACAGUUUUGGAUUAAUUUAUUUCAAACUCUUCAAGAUGAUGGCCACUUUUCAGGAGAUUUUCUGGAUAAAAGUCUUAUCCGGUUCUGCUUUCUUAAUCUUGUGCAGGAUGAGCUGGAUGAAGUUGUGAACACGUGGAAAUCACACAAAAUAAGACCAAGAUUGCACCAUGAUACAGCUUCAGGUCAACCAGUCGUCAUGUAUUCAUUCCCUGCGAUGCACAGUGCCGAGGACCAAUUAAAACCUGUUGGAACGGAAGAGGUCACUGCAUGUAUGGAAGAGUACACUACAAAAGGCAAUUUUCCUUGUGAUGAAACUGUAUUUGAACUGUGUUGUUUGCUUAUGGAGGAAAAUGAAUGGCACGCGCCAUCAGAUCCAUUGGAUGCAAGUGACUUGUAUGUUAAGUUGAGAGAGGAAUUACUGAAGUCUAUUUGACAUACAGUAUGUACUGAUGCAAUUUUGG